AUGGCAGGACUGGGAGGCGUAGGAAAAUCACAGAUUGCAUUAGAGUACUGCUACCACUACCGAAAGAAGUAUCCGACUAGUUAUGUAUGGUGGAUAGAUGCUGUUAACACAGCCAGGAUUGUCAAAGCAUAUUCCGACAUAGCUGACACUCUCCAUCUACCCAUCUCAAGCAAGGAGAAUCUGAUGAGAGAUGUCCGCCAUUGGUUCUCGCAACCUGAGAAUGGCCAGUGGCUAUUUGUUUUUGACAAUGUAAACGACCCGAAAGCGGUUUUCCAGAAUACUAUCGACGGGCAGACAGGAUCAAUGCUCGACUAUGUGCCACACAAUCAUCUAGGGGGUCAGACAAUAAUUACCUCCACAAGAAAGGAGGCGGUAAACCUCGUCGAUGCGGAGUUAAUUGAGGUCGAUAUCCUCCCUAGUUCAGUAGCUCGCCAGCUGAUCAGGUCAUAUCUGCCACAGCCCCCUGACAAUUCAAUAUCCGAGGAUCUUGAUAUGCUAGCAGAUACGCUUAGCUGCAUUCCUCUUGCACUCACGCAGGCUUCGAAGUAUCUUAGACAGAUGGAGAAAACAGUCAAAUAA